UGCUGUUCUUAUCUUUCUCUCUCAAUUCAAAACCCUAGUUCCCCAAAUCUCAAGCUUAUGGAGAUGAUGAGGAAGGUGGAGAAGCGUUCUCUAUCUGCCAAUCCUGAUUGCAACCACCUUGAACGGUUGUUCCGAUACUUCGACGAAGAUGGUGAUGGCAAGAUAUCAGCGAUGGAGUUGCAAAGUUGUGUGAGUACUGUGGGCGGUGAGCUCUCGACGGAAGAGGCAGUGGUGGUGGUGGGAUCGUUUGACUCCAACGGUGAUGGAUUGGUUGGAUUCGAUGAUUUUGCGAGGUUGAUGAAAGGGAAUGGAGAAGAGGUAGAGGGGGAUUUGAGGGAGGCAUUUGGGAUGUAUGUGAUGGAUGGAUGUGACUUUAUAAGUGCCAAGAGCUUGAAGAGGAUGCUGCAUCGACUCGGUGAGUCGAGGACGAUUCGUGAGUGUAAGGGCAUGAUUAGUGUUUACGAUGUUAAUGGUGAUGGUGUGCUUAGCUUCGAAGAGUUCAGAGCUAUGAUGCAUUGAUUAAACAAAAGGCCACUCAAUCUCCAUCUCUUGUUCCACAUUUUUUUU